AGAAAUGGAGAAACUUGAAUUACAAGACUCCUCCACUCCACCCAUCAAAAGUAGCAUCACAAUCAUUCAUUAUUCAACUUUAAUCUCAGUUUUGAAAAAAAGUUAUCGUAUGAUGAAGCUCCAAGCGGAAGAAGAAGAAGAAGAAGAAAAACGGAGAGAAAAUGGAAAACAGGUUCUUAUUCUUCCCACUUUUCAGUUUUCACACCCAAAAAUGAGGUUCAAGUUCAAGUAAUUUAAUUUAUCGUUGUCGAAAAGACCAAUUUAAUCUAAUCCACUGAUAGCAACUUUCGGGCGGUAAAGUCUAAAGAUGCCUCCAAGCUAAGGUUUGGAGCUCACUCCCCUUUCUCUGUACACUCACUCUCCCUGCUCUUCAAACAGUUGGCGUUGCUAGAAUUCACAUCACAAUAAUGUCAAGCACCUUCUGAAACCUUUUUUCCAUCCCCACAUUAGUCCUAUUUUGCUUUGAUUUUACUCCUCUUUCGAAACUGUUCAUCAUUUUGCAGUUUGUGCUAAUGAGGGGUUAGGGGUGAUUGGGAUCUUCUCUGGGAGUUUUGUGAUUAGAUUCUUGAAGAAAAAAGGGGCACCCAUUUUACCAAUAACUUAGAUGGAAACUGGGUCGAGGGCAAAGUCUCUGGGGAAGGAGGAGACUGGAAGGCGUAGCGCGAAAUUUGAUUCGAUGCUCCCCAAUGCCCCCACGGUCGACCCUUUCGUGCCCAGAACCGACCACAAUCCGAGGGAGCUGAGAUCUUGGGCCAAGAGGACUGGUUUUGUCUCUACGUUCUCUGGGGAGACAACCAGUGGUGUUGGGGAGAAGAAUGAGAGUGCUAGAUUUGAUUUGGAGAAGGGUCUCGAACGAAGAGGCGGUGGGUCAUCCCCCAAAAUUGAGAUCGACCCGAUUCUUGGCCGCACUAGGCCGAACAGAGAGAUUGAAGUGGAGCCAGUUACAGGGCCUGCAAAAGGGGAAAUGAGGACCGAGAAUGAAGGGGUUUUAAGGUUUAGGGAUGGAGGAGUGAGAGGGGAAGAGAGGAGACGGGUUGGAAUUGAACCUAUGAUGGGAGAAGCUAAAGAGGAUGAAAGAAGAGUAGUGACGAAUGGUAAAGGAAGUGAGAGAGUGGCUGGAGCUGUGAGUAGGAACAGUGAUGGAACUGUUAAUGGGAACGGCCAUGAGUUCCCUGUGGUUACUCCUGCAGGUGAGCCUAAAAAGGAAGAUGAUAAAGAUGGAAGAGAUGAGGAUAUCGAUGUGAAUGCAGGUGAAGUAGAAGCUGCUGAAAGUGGGUGGCAAAGACCUUCUGGAAUGAAACUUGGGCCGACAGAAAAUCCGGGUUUCGUUCCAUUAAUAUAUUAUGGUCUUCAGCAUUAUUUGUCUUUGGUCGGGUCAGUUGUCUUCAUACCCCUGAUCAUUGUACCAGCUAUGGGUGGAACAGAUAAAGAUACAGCAACAGUUAUUUCAACUUUGCUACUGGUUUCGGGCAUUACAACAAUUCUUCACUCCUACUUUGGCACCCGAUUACCACUAGUUCAAGGAAGCUCAUUUGUGUACUUGGCUCCAGUACUAGUUGUCAUGAAUGCUCAGGAGUAUCGCAAUCUUACCGAACAUAAAUUCAGGCAUAUAAUGAGAGAAUUGCAGGGAGCAAUAAUUGUUAGUUCAAUAUUUCAAAGCAUUUUGGGUUUCAGUGGUUUAAUGUCCCUUUUCCUUAGGUUGAUAAAUCCAGUUGUGGUUGCACCGACGGUCGCUGCCGUAGGUUUAGCAUUUUUCAGCUAUGGCUUUCCACAAGCUGGUAGUUGUGUGGAGAUCAGCAUCCCACUGAUAGUCUUGCUUCUUAUAUUCACCCUGUACCUACGAGGAGUAUCCAUAUUUGGUCAUCGCGUAUUUAGAAUUUAUGCGGUUCCUCUUAGUGUCAUGAUUAUAUGGGCAUACGCUUUCUUUUUGACUGCUGGUGGAGCAUAUAAUUUCGCAGGCUGCAGCCCAGAUGUACCAAGUUCAAAUAUCGUAGUAGAUGCAUGUAGAAGGCAUGCAUAUACCAUGAAACAUUGCCGAACCGAUGUUUCUAGUGCAUGGAGGACUGCUUCAUGGGUUCGAAUUCCUUACCCUUUGCAGUGGGGAGUACCAAUCUUUCACAUCAGAACUUGCAUUAUCACGAUCAUGGUUUCUCUGGUUGCAUCAGUGGACUCUGUCGGUACUUAUCACACUGUGGCUUUGCGUGUUGCUACAAAGCCACCAACUCCAGGAAUUGUUAGCAGAGGAAUUGCUUUGGAAGGUUUCUGCAGCAUCUUGGCUGGACUCUGGGGUACAGGUGCUGGGUCAACAACAUUGACAGAAAAUGUGCAUACUAUUCAUGUAACGAAAGUGGCAAAUCGAAGGGCGUUGGAAGUCGGAGCAGUUUUCUUGAUAUUUAUCUCAUUCUUAGGUAAAGUUGGUGCUGUUCUUGCCUCCAUACCGCUGGCAUUGGCUGCUUCCGUUCUCUGUUUCAUAUGGGCUCUAAUUGUCGCGUUAGGUCUCUCGACUUUGCAGUAUGGUCAAACAGCGAGCAUCAGGAACAUGACAAUAGUUGGUGUCUCGUUGUUCUUUGGCUUAUCAAUCCCUGCCUAUUUUCAGCAGUUCCAAGCAGAAACUAGCUUUAUUUUGCCUAGUUACUUUGUUCCCUAUGCUGCAGCAUCUAAUGGACCAACCCAUAGUGGAAACAAACAAUUUGACUUUGUAUUCAAUGCCCUCAUGUCCUUGAACAUGGUUGUGACAUUCUUCAUAGCGAUCGUACUCGAAAACACGGUUCCAGGUAGUCGGCAGGAGCGCGGAAUGUAUAUAUGGUCGCAUGCCGAAGACAUUAAGAAUGAUCCCGCUUUGCUCGCAACCUACUCUCUCCCGGGAAAGUUUUCGCGGUUGUUUUGCAGGUGCAAGUGUUUAUGUAUAUGAAAAUGGCAUAUCUUGGGUCGCGUUUCUAGUUUAAAUCUUAACACGUCGUGGUGAUGAUAGAUAUAGUAUACAAACAUAGUUUUUUCUUAUAGGUCUUCAAGAUUUAGAAAUUUGGUUUGGUGUAGUGUAUCCAUGUUCGUUGUUUAAUUAGGUAAAACAUUCUUUUCAUUAAUUAUAUUACUCAUUAAGGUAUUAAAUGUCGAGGUUUCAAAUUUAUAAGAUGUUGAUUUUUAUAAGAUGUGGAUUGAAAUA